GGCUUGACAUUUUGGUGGCCAGCGAGACUUGAGAACUUUGACCUUGAAUUGAGAAACUUUUAUCUCAUUUCUGAUCCAAGAAUCGGACACAAUGGUGAAGCUAGAGGCAUUCGCUGUUGAGCAGUGGAUGGACAAGUAUGAGACAACUGCCAAGUACAACACCGCCGAGACCUGCUGCGCAUCUAUUUCCAUUGACGACCUCCGCGAGCUCUCCGAGGACAAAGAUACCAACCCAUUGACUGCGCUUCAAUCCACCAAGCUCACGUACGGAGCUAUUCGGGGUUCCGAUAAGCUGCGGGAGACACUAAGUAACCUUUACUCGGUGAAAAUCCCGAAUUUGGUUCCAAAGGAUAAUGUCUUGAUCACAGCGGGUGCUAUUCAGGCCAACUUCUUGCUGCUGUAUACUCUUGUUGGCCCUGGUGAUCAUGUUAUCUGCCACUAUCCCACAUACCAGCAGCUGUACUCAGUUCCUGCAUCUCUGGGUGCUGAAGUCAGCUUGUGGAAUUCCAAGGAGGCGAAUGACUGGCAAGUCGAUAUCGAAGAGCUAAAGAGCCUAAUUCGUCCGAACACGAAGUUGAUUAUCAUCAACAACCCCCAAAACCCAACAGGUGCUAUUAUCCCUCGCGACACGCUCCAGAGCCUCGUUGAUCUUGCCCGCGAGUCUUCAAUCACCCUCUUCGCAGACGAAGUAUACCGUCCUCUUUUCCACAACAUCAGCCCUUUGGAUUCACAAUUCCCUCCGUCCCUGCUUUCCUUCGGCUACGAACACAGCGUUGUAACUGGGUCCGUCUCCAAAGCAUACAGUCUUGCCGGUCUUCGAGUGGGUUGGAUCGCAUCUCUCAGUAACAGCAUCAUCGAAGCUUGCGCCAGCUCGCGCGAUUACACUACUAUCUCCGUCGGUCAGAUCGAUGACGCGAUUGCUAGCUUUGCGCUCGCCCCGGAUUGCAUUCAUAAUAUCUUGAAGCGAAAUAUCGCGCUGGGACGAACUAAUCUUGCAAUUCUGGAGAAGUUCAUCGAGUCUCAUCGCUGGGCGUGCGAUUGGAUUAAGCCUCGCGCCGGCACCACGGCAUUCGUCCGCUUUAACAAGAUGGGUAAGCCGGUGAAUGACGUCGCUUUCUGCGAGAUGCUUCAGGAUAGGAAGGGUGUCAUGUUUGUACCGGGUAGCCUUUGUUUUGGAGGGGGAGAGGACUUUAAGGGAUAUGUUCGUAUUGGAUAUGCAUGCGAGACUGAGGUGUUGGAGAAGGGUCUCGAGGCUGUCCGGGAAUUCAUGGAGGAUGAUUAUGAUGAGGUCCCUGCGUUGAAGAAGGUGAAGGCACCUCAGUAGAUAGGGAGAUGUAUAUCAAACAAAAUAUGAAGGAAGUAUAUUGUCU